CAAUUAGGAAAACCAAAACAACGUGAGAAAGAAAAAAAGCACACACACACACAAAAUCUCAAACCAAACGCAAUCCUUGUUUGUUAUAGUACUAUACUACUAUUUCAUUUGACAAGAAAACUAAAACUUGAUAGCUGAUAUCCCACGUUCCUACCUACCUCCACCUCCAAUUGCUGUUUUUUUUUGGUAUUCGUCAUCAAUUUCUGUGUCAGCCAGUCACCUAAAUGAGUUGCUCAUUUAAGACUUUCAACAAACAGUUCCCUCUUUUUACCUUUCAUCAUCAUCAUAAACUCCCUCACCACUACUCUUCUCCUUUCACAAUUAAUUGCUCCAUCACCCCUAAAAUCUCUUCCUCUCAAUUUCAUUCAUCAUCAUCAUCAUCACACUCAUCAUCUCAACCUGCUACAUUUAUGGAGGUCUUCAAAGCAGUUGCUAAGCAAGAACUUGCAGCUCAUGGCAGUGUUGCUAUCAGAGCUGAUCAGAAGAGUUAUAGUUACAAGCAGCUUAUCUCGUCGGUGCAUCAGAUAUCUAAUCUCUUGUGUGGAAAUGAUGUGAAGGGAAAUCUUGGCGGAGCUCGAAUAGGGAUUGUUGCCAAACCGUCUGCUGAAUUUGUUGCUGGAGUACUUGCGACUUGGUUUAGUGGAGGUGUUGCUGUUCCACUUGCACUCAGCUAUCCAGAAGUAGAGCUCCUCUAUGUGAUGAAUAAUUCGGAUGUGUCUGCCAUACUGAGCACUGAAGAUCAUAGUGAAUUAAUGCAAAGCAUUGCCAGUAAAACCUCUUCUCAGUUUUUUCAUAUUCCACCUGUUCCUUACAAGUCCUUAGAGAAGAGCAAAGAUUCACAAAAUGGUGAAAGUGAUGCAGACAGAAUUUUCCUUGAUAAUACUUUAAGAUCGAGUGAAGAUCCGGCACUGAUUUUGUAUACUAGCGGGACAACGGGUAAACCUAAGGGAGUUGUUCAUACACACAGAAGCAUCAUUGCUCAGGUCCAAACCUUGACGAAAGCAUGGGGAUACACAUCUGCGGAUCAGUUUUUGCAUUGUCUACCACUACAUCAUGUCCAUGGGCUUUUCAAUGGUUUACUGGCCCCUCUCUACGCAGGUUCCACGGUUGAGUUUUUGCCUAAAUUUAGUGUCAGUGGAAUUUGGAAGAGAUGGCGCGAGUCAUAUCCUACCGAAGGAUCUAAGUCUGAUGAUGCUAUAACCGUAUUCACCGGAGUUCCAACUAUGUACACCCGAUUAAUACAAGGUUAUCAUGCCAUGGAUUCUGAGCUGCAAGCCUCAUCAGCAUCUGGUGCAAGGAACUUGCGUCUAAUGAUGAGUGGAUCCUCUGCACUUCCCCAACCUGUUAUGCAAGAAUGGGAAUCCAUCACUGGACAUCGCUUAUUGGAGCGAUAUGGCAUGACUGAAUUUGUCAUGGCAAUAUCAAAUCCAUUGAAAGGUGAACGUAAAGCAGGCACUGUUGGCAAACCAUUUCCUGGUGUUCAGGUCAAGAUUCUUGCAGAUGAGGAGCAUGAGAGUGAAGGAUCUGGAACUGGUGAGCUUUGCGUUAAAAGCCCUUCACUGUUUAAACAAUACUGGAAACUUCCUGAGGUAACGAAGGAAUCAUUUACAGAUGAUGGAUACUUUAAGACCGGAGAUGCAGUCACUACAGAUAAAGAUGGAUAUUUCAUCAUUCUAGGACGUAAUAACGCGGAUAUAAUCAAGAACGGUGGCUAUAAGCUGUCUGCAUUAGAAAUUGAAUCAGUAAUAGUAGAGCAUCCAACUGUCUCAGAAUGUUGUGUUUUGGGUAUACCGGAUAAAGACUACGGAGAAAUUGUUUGUGCAAUUGUCGUGCCAGCGACAAAGCAGAAUGAAGAUUCAAAGUCUGCUCUAAGCCUUGAAGAAGUAUCCACUUGGGCAAAAAAUAAACUUGCGCCAUACAAGAUACCAUCUCGACUAAUCGUGUGGGAGACACUCCCCCGCAAUGCAAUGGGAAAGGUAAAUAAAAAAGAGCUUAAGAAGCUGGUGGUUCCAGAACAGUAAAAAAAAAACCAUUUUAUCAUUAUUUACUGGCCAAAGUCAAUUUUUUAAAACCAGUUUUAAGAUGGUAAAAAUCUUAAAUAUAAAAGAGAAGCCUUUAUUCUGGCUUUUCUCAAAUACAAUAAGUUUAACCUUAUCUUUAGGAGGGAAAAAAUUACUAAGUGUAGUAUUUUAACAUUCAUGAGUAUGAUUUAAUGUAAUUUUUGUCUAUCUAGACAUAUAUACUAGUAAAUCUAUAUAGUAUUGUUGUCAGCUAUUCA